AUAUAUAAAUUAAUUAAAAGUAAAAAAUCUAAAACUAAGGAAAUUAAAACCUUAAAUAAUAGGAAUAAGUCCAUCAAAAAUAUUAAGCAGAUAGAAAUAGAAAUGCAAGAUUAAAGCAUAACAAAAUAAGUUAAAAAAUAUAAAUUAGUUUUUAUUGGAGAUUAGUCUGUUGGAAAAACUUCAAUCAUCAAUAGAUUUAUAAACGACUCAUUUUAGGGAACGCAAUAACCUACAGUUGGUAUCGACUUCGUUGCAAAAACACUUCAUUUAGAUAAUAAAACAAUCAGAUUAUAAUUAUGGGAUACUGCUGGUUAAGAACGUUUUAGAAGUUUAAUACCCUCAUAUAUCAGAGAUUCUGAUGCAGCUAUAAUUGUCUAUGAUAUAACAAACUAAGCUUCAUUUGCAAGUGUAAACAAAUGGUUAGAUUACGUAAGAGAAGAAAGAGGAGAUGGCGUUUUGAUAGUUUUAUUGGCAAAUAAAUUAGAUUUACCUGAUUAAAGAGCUGUUUAAACUGUGGAUGGAUAGCAAUUUGCAAAAUAACAAAAUUUAAUAUUCAGUGAAGUUUCUGCUAAGGAAGGAAAUAAUAUAAAUGAUGUUUUCAAAAAUUUAGCUUAACUUUUAUAAGGAAGUGAAAAAUCUGAUCAAACUGAUAUGGAUUUGGGAAUUAAAGGCGCAGCUAGUAAUAAUAGCAAAUGCACUACUGCAGGAGGAACAAUAUAGUUAAGUACUAACUAAGAUGCACCUGUUAAGUAAACUUAAGACAAAUAGUGUUAAUGUUGA